AUGGUACCCACGCACAUUCAGACCGAAGAGCGUGACUGCGAACGGCAGCUUCCCGUACUGAGUCUCGCAUGCACUACCAAUAGCCACUCUUCAACUGAGCUCAGCCCCCUCGAGGUUAUAAUCGCGGUCAUUCCUGACAGCCCCAGAUAUCCCAACAUGGUUUCUCAUGCAGCAGCAUUUGGCUGGCUGCGCGUGCCCGAUGCCCCCGGCAACUUGAUUCACCACUGCGUGGUGGACUGCAUCCUCGAUAAGCGUGGCGAAGGUUUCCUUUUCAGGGGUCACCAGCUCCAGACCGAGCCCCGCUCUCCCCCCAAAACCAAUUCCCCCGGCAGGGGAACGCGCAGAAUAUGA